AUGCUGAAGCAGCGCAGCAUCCCCAGAGAAACGCCAGGUCGGGGGGGUGAGCGCGGUGCCAAGUCGACGAUCGCGACAGGGUUCGAUCUGCCAGAUCGGCAGUGCGCACAUAUAUGUAACCGUCGAGCCUGCGAGCAGCUGCAAGCCAUGCCCUUGGCCAACCGAGUGAACCCCGCCCCGCCCAGCAGCAGACUGGCCUGGCGAGGGAAAGCGGAGAUGUUUCCUCUUGUUACAUUCUGCCCGAAACAAGAAGAUAAGAGUCACCAUCGCACAGCUGUGAGAGAGAUCGGGUGCAGGCAGCCUGGAGGAACCGAUCGACGGACAGAAGCAGCCAGACCAUGGCAGCUGGCGGGCGCUGGUCUGCGAUGCGUCCUGCUGGUUGAGGGAAGCCGAUUUGGCUGUGGCUCUCUCAAUAAAAUAUGCUUUUCAACAGUCAGUACGGAGUACGGGGGUACAGCGUAUAUCAUCCUGUAUUAA